AUCCGAAGCCAUCCCUUGAGCUUCUGGAAAUACCGGACCCCAACUAUUCUUCGCGGGGAGAAAACAAGCCUUGCUGGGAGAACUCGCAUUGGUACCGGUACUAGCUACUAGUAGUAGAGGAGGAAGGAUUGGGUGCUCGAAAAGGAUUCGAUUCUGUGCUUCCAUAAUUACAGGCACUGUUGGAAAUGAAAAGCCCCCCAUCACGUCCUUUCCAUCGGAUCCCACAAACACCCCAAAAACAACCUCCUUCACACCUCACAACAGCCAUUGUGCAUAAACACAAUAAUUGACCAUGAAGACCCUCGGAUUAUCUGUUCUUUUUGCAGUGCUACCAUCAGUCGCGGCGUCAUCACAACUACGGCGUGCCCAGGUGGAAUGUCCCGAAGAUGGCACCAUCAAGAUUGGUGGAACCCAAUCCGUGCAAAGACUCGCUCAAGCCUGGAAGGACGCCUACAUGAUGAAGAAUGCAUCCACUAAUCAGUUUUGUCCACUCCAUGACAUUCGCAUUGAAGGCGUUGGUUAUGCGACGGGGGCAGCAAGGGUCUGUGGAAUACAACCCAUCUAUGACAAUCUGGACCUGGCUGGAAUGUCGGGGCCCUUCUUUGCUCCUCAGGCAACCUCCGACAAUGGAUGGAGCUUUGACUGCAGUGCACAGCAGCAUGAAGAUGAUGCACACCGCAAGGCGACCCUGAUUCGUUUGGCUCAUGAAGGCAUUGCCCUUGUGGCGGCAGCCAACGGCACUGCCUCCAGGUGCAUUGAACAUCACCUAGGCGGCGGGAUCACGACAACUCAAUUGAGAUGGAUCUUUAGCAGCUACAAUGAGAAACUGAUGAAAUCCUUAUCCGAUGCUGUCCCCUUUUCCGAUGGGGACAUCGGGACACAUCUCUGGAGUGAACUGAACGAGGGUUGUACCGAGACGGAGAUAAUGUUGGCUUCGGUAGGAGUGGAAUAUGGAGCUGCUAGUUUUCUUACGGAUCAUGUCUUGUAUGGACAUGGAGAAACCAUCCGUACCGUUGCACGAGUAUUGGACCACGAAGACACCAAAGUCUACUACACAUUCCCAACCGUGCAAGAUUCUUUGGAGUUUUUGGAGAAUCACACGGAGGCGAUUGCAUUCAUACAGCUUCGAGACCUCCAUUCGUCUGCCUUUCGCGACCAUGCGGACAAGAUUCAGGCCGUGGCCAUCAAGGACAACCACAACGGAGAACCCAUUCUGCCCGAGGCAGAGGCAUUCGACAACAAUCAGUAUCCCCUUUCGCGUGCCAUGUACUUGGGCGUGCACAACGAUCCCGCAUCGUUGCGUCUCACGGCACCCUUCUUGGAAUUUGGUCUCUCUGAGGAGGGCACCAAGAUUCUGAGUGAGGCAGGCUUUUGGGCCUUGGACACUUCGGAUUCUGUCGUCAUGAAAACUCGGCUUCAGAUUCCAGGAGGUGUGCCUAUGCAGGAGAUCCAGGACAGCUGCGGUCCGGAGUACGGUCGCAUCUCCAUGGCCGGUAGCGCGACGGUCUUCCCCGUGGCUCAAAUCUGGUCCGACGUCUACAACUUGGGGUGCCCUACGGUGGACAUUUCAAUUGAACAAGGGGGGAGCAGCGCCGGUGCAGGACGCGUCUGUGCCAAUCUUCACAAGGGACCGCCAGUUACGAUUGGAACGAUGUCGAGGGAGUGGAAGGGGGCCGAAGGAAAGGAACACCAGUACGUCUACGAUUGCCUCAAAGGGGAUACGUCGCGCUCGGCAGUCAAAGUCGACGUUGCCUACGACGGUAUCACCGUUAUCCUCAAGAAAGGGGGUAUCGCAGACCAGUGCCAGCAAAUCCUUGGAGGAUUCACCAUCGACCAGCUCCGAUGGAUCUAUUCUGGGUAUUCAGAAAGUGCACUGGAAGCGACUGGGUGGAAUGCAACGAGUUUGAAGAAUAGCGACAACGACACAAGCACGCACUUGUGGAGCGAACUUCACCCUGAUUGUGCCAAAGAGGAGAUCCGCUUGGCCGGAGACAUUCUAACCGAAGGAACGCACACGAAUUUCCGAAAGACUAUUAUGGCAGACAAGGCAAAUGGAGAGGACAUUGACGUGUCAAGACCUAAAGGCUACUUCCAAGCUUUGGGCUUCACGCUGGUGGCCUAUCUGCAGAGUCACGGCGACGCCAUUGCAUACAUAGGUUUCAACUACUACCACGACAACAAAGAACUGCUUGCAGCCGCUCCCAUUCAAAAUCAGGAUGGUGUCUAUGUACUUCCAUCCGCUGAAACAAUCGGUGGAGGCACUUACAAUCCACUCGUUCGCAGCAUAUCAAUGAACCUCCUCAACGAUAGGGAAGCACUUCGAGAUACAGUUCCAUUGCUAAAGUUUGGUUUCUCUCAGCCAGAUCUGGUCACAGCUACGGGAAUGGUUCCAGUUCAAGGGGAAAGUUUGCAAACAAUGCUGGACCGCCUUGACAGGGCCUCGUCGGGAGAUUUGGAUCUUACGUCCUCGGCGCUUCACAACUCAGUGUCUUCAUGGAGAGGAUCCUGCCUCGCCGUGUCACUGUUCUUCGCUGGGCUGCAUGUCCUACAUUUAAUCUCUGCAUAAAGAACUACAUAUUGCAUAGAUGCAACACUCUGGUCAAGAUGAAACAUUGCUACACGGCUGCUAUCACAACUACCAGUACCGUACUAGUCAUGUUUCUACGCCCGCUGCACCUCUUACGGUGCCUCGUACGGUACCCAGCCUAUACUUCAGAGAUAGUAUGCUCUUCAUUUAGGCGUAUUCGUUACCUGUGACGCUUGAGCUCUGAACAAGACUUUGGCCCGCACACAACCGAAGCACACACCAGCAAUAGGAAUCGAUCCACGGCAUCUCUCCAGUGGCUAUCUAGUGUGGAUUCGAU